UGCUUUUAGCCUCCAGCCCGCCUCAGCUAUCACACAUCCUGGCUGACAGCGGCCUGUGUCAGCUGACAGCUGAGCGAAACUCAGCUAGCUUCCGAGUUAGCAUGAAGAUGGUAUGCUGUUUUGUUUUUUAGUUUAUAAAUACGCUUUAUUGUGUUAGUUUGAAUCGUAACGGGUUAUAAAACCCUCAGGUCACUUAAAAUGAUGUGAUUCAGGUUUAAAAUGAAGCUAUCUUCUCUGAGUUUUACUUUGGUUUAGCUUUACGGUGCAGGUCCUCCUAGCAGCCGUGCUAAUUGUGGUGAUAGUAGCUGACUUGCUUCUUCAAAGGAAGCAGCUUAGCGAGUUAUCCCAAUUAAUUGGGAUAAGGUAUGUGAGCAGCCGCACCAGACUCACGGCUUCCUUUAAGGUAAAUGUUGUUUAAAUGGCCAAAACUGAGCAGGGAAAUGGACUGGAUAUGCGGGAAAGUAAAGAGCUGAAAGACUAUGGUAAAAGUAAUAAACAUGGAUCGGAACCAGAGGUAAAUGGCAAUGCCUUCUUUGAGGAGAAACAAGUGGACCGAUACGGCUUCACCGGGGGUGCCCAGCAGUAUUCAGCAGAAACCGUUGAAGAGGUUCCCAUUGAAGUGCUGAGACAGCGAGAGGCAAAAUGGCUCGAAAUGCUCAACAGUUGGGACAAGUGGAUGGCCAAAAAGCACAAAAAGAUAAAGGAAAGAUGCCAGAAGGGAAUUCCUCCAUCACUCCGUGGUCGAGCUUGGCUUUACCUCACUGGGGGCAAAGUCAAAAGGGAGCAAAACAAAGGCAAAUUUCAGGAACUAGAUGACCAGCCUGGCGAUCCUAAAUGGGUUGACAUCAUUGAGAGAGACCUUCAUCGACAAUUUCCUUUCCAUGAGAUGUUUUCAGCUCGGGGUGGUCAUGGGCAGAAGGACUUGUUUCGUGUGUUGAAGGCCUAUACGCUGCAUCGUCCUGACGAGUACUGUCAGGCUCAGGCUCCUAUUGCAGCUGUUCUUCUGAUGCAUAUGCCAGCAGAGGAUGCAUUUUGGGUCCUUGUUCAAAUUUGUGAGAAAUACCUUCCUGGUUAUUACAGCAAAGGCCUGGAGGCCAUCCAGCUGGAUGGAGAAAUCCUCCAUGCUCUACUGAAAAAGGUGAGCCCUGUAGUUUACCGCCACCUGGAGAAUCAGAAACUGGGGCCUAUUUUGUACAUGACAGAGUGGUUCAUGUGUGCUUUCUCCAGGACUCUGCCCUGGGCCUCUGUGCUCAGGGUCUGGGACAUGUUUCUCUGUGAAGGAGUGAAAAUCUUGUUCCGAGUUGGCUUGGUUCUUUUAAAAUGCACUUUGGGAUCUCAAGAAAAACUGAGAAGCUGUCCUGGCCUUUAUGAAACUAUGGAACUGCUCAAAGCAAUACCACCACAGUACAUGCAAGAAGGUUUCCUGGUGCAUGAGAUUUUAGAGCUGUCGGUGUCCGAGAAGGACAUUGAAAAGGAGCACCGAUCUCAGCUGCGCCUGUGGAAGGAGUCUCGUGGAGAGCUGCAUUGUAAGUCUCCUCCCAGAAUGCACGGGGCCAGAGCAGUUAUUGCCGCAGAGCCUCACAGCAGACAGGACCUGAAGGAGAGACCCACCAUCAUUGUGGAAUCUCCGCUCUUCACUGUUCCUGCUGAUGCAAAUAGAAAAUCCAAAAAGGAUAAAGAAAAAAUAGAAGAAAAAAACAUGUUUGAAGAGGGUGGCGUUAGCCCGCACAUUCCUUCCAAAGAGCCCUCACCUCUGCUCAGUGCUCACACAGAGCAGGGUUCCAACGAGAGCCUCAGCAGCGCAGAGCAUGACACCUACCUGUAGCAGCAGAGCGCUAGUUUACAUACUAAAGCCCACUUCCUAGUAACAUAUAUGAAGGCGCUAUUCUUUGAAGUGGAAUUACACUAGCCAAUGGCCUACAUAAACAUUACUAUGCAGCACUGAGGACUGGGAUGUUACUUUGAUACUGCUCUAUUUUCUAUCUUUGUAAUUAUUUUUUCAUAUGGGGCAUUUUCUGAAAGAAAAUCCAUAAAAUCAAAUAUAUUAUUUUUCAUCAUAGGAUAUUUAUCAAAUGUAAAUUUAGUUGAUUCUAAAGAUACUAAGUCACAUUUAGGUGAACAUUAAAAACAAAUGUUCACACCGUUAUCAGGGAGAAAAAAGCUUUGUUUAAAUUUUGCUUCAUCGGGACAGCACAAAAGCACAAUGAAUACCAUUUUUCAUCAUAUGAAGUCUUAUUGAUAAGGGAGUUUACUUUGCCCACUAAUUACUACAUUGUCAGUGCUGGGAUAGAUCCAGUUUUCUUGAAAUCGCUUGACAAAUAUGAAAGGAGAGAUGGAGUCUUUUAUAGCAGUUGGGCACAAGAGGGCGCCAUGGCAUUAUUAUUUGCUCUGUACACUCCAAAACGUACCACAGCGAUAACGGAUUCCAAAGACACCUCUCCAGAUAUGUCAGGUUCUUAUGUUAGAGAGUGUGAAUAAUGAUUUGUAUGAAGGACACUACAAAUUGCUUGUAUGCUGCUUUGCUGUCUGAUUGAAGAACAGAUUUUUUUUAAUGAGCAAUUUUAUUUGAAGUUAGAUAUAUUUUAUUAUAUUGCCAAAUCACCAAUACCUGCAUUAUUGACAGGAUUUAUUCCAUCAUUACUCAACAAGUGUAGUGUAGCCUCACAUAAGGCAGCCAUAAAUACUGAAGGAUUUUAAGUAUAUAGUUUUGUUUUCUUAAGUGAACAAUUGAUCUCCAUUUGUAAUGAGACAUGUUUUGAUGUUUUUAUACAUUUAUUUUUACGGGUUCAUUCUUUCCAUACAGAAAGCACUUUCACUUUCACUUAAGAUGGUGAAGCUCAAAGCGCCUGAUUGUUGAAUUAUUUUAUUUUAUUAGAAAGACAAUCACCAGCUCUUUUGUAUUAAAUUGUGUAAACAAUAAAUCUGAAUCCAAUCACA